CGUCUUUCCAGUGGGAGGUUCAGAUUGUUGUUCGAUUCAGACUUCUACCAAAGUGAUUUUGUACGGCAGUCAGCUUAUUAGAGGUAGCUUUUAUCAUACAGAAUCCAUUCAAUCGCAAACAAUAGAGAAAAUGAGCCCCUCCGCCGCUCUGGACAAUGCGAAUGGCUCCCCCGCGGCCCCUCUGACCGUGGAGGGUAUUCCUGCCCUGAGGGCCAACAGUGCCCCGAUCCCCAAGGGUGUUGCACCUGCGACCAGUAGUGAUAUGUUCAAAAGCCCGGCAUGUUAUACGAAGCCCAAGGCCAAACGCUGGGAUCACAUUCUCUCCACCGAAGCUAAAUCCCGGAAGGUAUCUACAUUGAAAGGUGCCGCGAAGUACUUGAAGAACCCAGGCCUCAUUUCUCUGGGUGGUGGUCUGCCCUCUCCCGAAUACUUUCCUUUCGAGGAGCUCGAUAUCAAGGUCCCCACUCCACCAGGAUUUACGCCUGAAGCUACUCGCGAGUCUGGAACGGUUGUACACGCCGGCAAGAGUGAUAUUCGGGAAGGCAAGAGUCUAUAUGAUCUUGAGGUUGCUCUUAAUUAUGGUCAAGCUACGGGUUCUCCCCAACUGCUGAGAUACGUCACAGAGCACACAGAGCUCAUUCACAACCCCCCUUACUCGGACUGGCAAUGUUGUCUGAACUGUGGUAGCACCUUCGGAUGGGAUGUCGCACUUAAACUCUUUUGUGAACGGGGCGAUUAUAUCAUGAUGGAAGAAUAUACCUUCUCUAGCGCACAGGAAACUGCCCUCCCUCUGGGCUUGAAGGUGGCGGCUAUCAAAAUGGACGAAGAGGGCCUUUUGCCCGAGUCCCUUGACGAAGUCCUGAGCAACUGGGAUGAAAGCGCUCGGGGUGCUCGCAAGCCCUUUGUUCUUUACACUAUCCCUACAGGACAGAACCCUACGGGCGCUACUCAACAGGCGGAGAGACGCAAGGCAGUCUACAAGGUUGCCCAGAAGCACGACGUUUAUAUUGUGGAGGACGAACCCUAUUACUUCUUGCAGAUGCAGCCAUACGCUGGAGCUGAUGGUGAGCCCGUUCCACCGCCCGCCAACCACGAAGAAUUUAUCAAGUCUCUUAUCCCUUCCUACCUGAGCCUUGACACUGAUGGUCGUGUGCUUCGGCUGGAAUCGUUCUCCAAGGUUCUUGCUCCUGGUUCCCGGGUUGGCUGGGCUGUUGGAUCCGAGCAAAUCAUCGAACGCUUCACCAGGACGUGCGAGACCAGUUCUCAGAACCCAAGCGGUAUCUCACAGCUUGUGCUUUAUAAGUUGUUGGAGGAGCAAUGGGGCCACGCUGGAUACCUAGACUGGCUGAUCAACCUUCGUAUGUCAUACACGGCUCGCAGAGACUCUAUGAUGCAUGCGUGCGAGAAGUAUCUCCCCCGAGAACUUGCCCAUUGGAACCCCCCUGCAGCAGGGAUGUUUCAUUGGAUCAAAGUCGACUGGCGGAAACACCCUGGGCUUUCGUCGGGAAAGACACGCGAAGAAAUCGAGGAGGAAGUUUUCCAGGCCGCAGUUAACAACGGUGUUCUGAUCUCUCGUGGCAGCUGGUUCAAAGCUCAGGGCGUGAAUGAGGACGACUUGUUCUUCCGUGCUACAUUUGCUGCCGCUAGCUCCGAUGCUAUUGCUGAAGCAAUUUCCCGCUUUGGUACCACUUUGAGGCAACAGUUUGGUCUCAACUAAGCUGGCAAUCUAGAACACGCAAAUUCCUUUAUAAUGGGUAAGCUUCGAUAAAUU